GCCGUCCGCGCCACACGGAGGCCGUCAACGUGACACCCGCCGUCAUGCCACGCGACUCGCGAUGUCGAUGCGAACGCGCGAACAUUUAUGACGCGUACUCCGUCGCAUCCUUUUAAAUGGCAAAGCCAAUGUCAAUGCAUCUACGCAAACCGUAUACAAACGUAAAAUGCCAAUAAUACAAACUGUCGCGAAAAGACUCGAUCGCCGAACUUUUAAUCAAAUUAUAGUGUACGUGUGCGUGUUAUUCUAUUGCCAUGUUGUCGAAAGGAGUACCGCGGCCGAAAUGCCGCACGACUGCGCUUAUCGCAGCCCCGAGACGGAAGCGUCGGAAAAUGCUGUACUUUUCUGCAAAAUCCGAACGAUAAGCAGUUUGGACCACCUGUUACAGAACAUCAGCGAAGCGCAUUUCGACGACGUAAUUUCAUUGCACGUACAGUGCAGUGAGAUUUUAUUCUUCGAAAGUACACUCACUGCUCAAACGGAGAAAACAUCAGGCAAGCACGCGAAUCUAGCAAAGCUUCGAGAUCUCGUCAUUGAUAAGUGCAAGAUACGUCAGGUACCGGCACAUGCUUUCGAGAAUUUCAAAGACCUGAAACGUUUGCAUGUGACGACCCGGAACAGCGAGUGGUCCGCCAUGACAAUGGAAAUAAAUGAACAAGCCUUUGCCGGAUUGAAUGAGCUAAUUGAACUCGAUUUAAGUGACAACAACAUUUGGAGCACUAAAACGGAUACGUUUUGUUCAUUGUAUAGCUUAAAGACGUUAAAUUUAACUAAGAAUCACUUGCAAAAUUUAAAGACAAUUGGUUUUGCUGAUUCAUUAAGAGAGCAAAACUUGAGCGUGAAAAGUUGUAAUUUAGUAAUAGAGAUACUAGAUUUAUCAUAUAACGACUUGAUUGUUGUAACCGACUACAGUUUGUCAAAGUUACGAUCCUUGACAAAAUUAUUGUUACAAAACAAUGCUAUCUCUACUCUGGAGGACGGUGCCUUUGGGGGGCUGCUCAGCCUACAGGUUUUGAAUUUAUCUAGUAAUUUUAUGAAUUCUGUUCCGCCUGAUUUGUUUUCCGAUACCACAUCGCUGCAAGUUAUUGACCUAAGUAACAACACUCUUAAUGUUUUACAUCCUGGACUAUUUCGUGGAUUAAACCAGCUGCAAGUGUUAGAUCUUUCUCAGAAUGAACUUACUAGUCAGUGGAUAAAUAAGGGUACAUUUGUAGGGUUACUACGUAUGGUAAUUUUGAAUCUUUCUAACAAUAGGUUAUCUAAGGUAGACCGUUACACGUUUAAAGAUUUGAAUAGCCUACAGAAAUUAAAUUUGGAGCACAAUGAUAUAACUUCGAUUGAGGAGCACGCUUUUGUGGAGUUAAGAAAUUUACAUUCGCUUACACUUUCAAACAACAAACUAGCGCAUAUUCAUCCUCACCUGUUUACAGAUUUGCACGUGUUACAUGAACUGUUUAUUGAUAAUAAUAAGAUAAAACACACAGAUGAUAACGCAUUUGAUAAUAUGACUACAAUUGAAGAUUUAGGUUUGAGUGAUAAUUUUUUAUCAUCGAUACCAGGUUCUAUUCGUAAAUUACGGUCUCUGAAAUCAUUGGACAUCGGCAAUAACAAUAUAACCCAUUUAAAUCGAGAAAACUUUCGUGGUUUGUCCGAACUUUACGGUUUACGUCUUGUUGAUAACAAAGUUACAUAUUUGAAUGAGGACACUUUUGAGCAUUUGCCUCAAUUGCAAGUGCUUAAUUUAGGAUCAAACAAGAUAAAACAUGUCGCAAAGGGUUGUUUUCGAGUAAAUAUCAAUCUAAAACUAUUGCGAAUGGAUGGAAACGAAAUCACAAACUUUGAUGGAAUAUUUAGCACUCUAAAUACUCUAGUGUGGCUCAACAUGUCGGCAAACAAAAUCAAAGCGUUUGAUUUCAGAAGUUUUCCCAGUAGUUUGGAAUGGCUUGAUUUACAUCAAAAUCAUAUAGAAAACUUUAUUAAUGACAAUAUGUACUCACAUGUUAACAUUAAAAUGCUAGACUUGAGCUAUAACAAUGUAACUCAACUUACCGUAAGUUCAAUACCGAAUUCUGUUGAAAAGCUUUAUUUGAACGACAAUAAUAUAAAACAAAUUCAAGUUGGUACGUUUUCUAAGCUGAAAAGACUAUCAACGGUGACGUUAAAUAAUAACAAACUGGUUCAGCUUGACAUGAAUGCUUUCAGGUUAGAUCAAAUAGAUGAAAAUACAGACUUGCCCGAGUUCUUUAUAAGCGGAAACCCAUUUGUUUGCGACUGUUCAAUGGAGUGGAUUCAACGCAUUAAUUAUUUAAGCCACAGUCGACAAUACCCACGUGUGUUAGAUUUAGAUAAAGCGACGUGCGCUCUAGUUCACUCGCGUGCUAAACAGAAAAAGAUGAUAAUAGACAUGUCACCGUCUGACUUUCUAUGUCCGUACGAGAGUCAUUGUUUUGCUCUAUGUCAUUGUUGUGACUACGUCGCAUGCGACUGCGAAAUGAUUUGUCCGAAUAACUGUAGAUGCUAUCACGACAUCACUUGGAAUGCGAAUGUGGUAGAUUGUUCUAACGCGGGCUAUACAGAAGUUCCAGAACGAAUUCCGAUGGACGCCACAGAAAUAUAUUUAGAUGGAAAUCACAUCAGUCAUCUAGGAAAUCACGUGUUUAUUGGAAAGAAAAAACUUCAAGUGCUGUACUUGAACAAUACAAAGUUGAAAGAAGUCAAUAACGAAACUUUUAAAGGCGUCCCAUCAUUGAGAGUUUUGCAUUUAGAGAACAAUAAAUUAGUCGAGUUAAAAGGGGACGAAUUCGUACAUCUUAAUAAUUUAAAUGAGUUGUAUUUGGACCAUAAUGCCAUUGUUCAAGUUGCAAAUAAUACUUUCUCAUCACUUAAGUCGCUGUCAGUGUUGAAAAUUGAUGAUAAUAAGUUAGUGAACUUCUUCCCUUGGAAAUUGUUAGCAUCGUCUUCCAAAAGUUUAGCUCAUGUGUCUAUCGAGGGUAACCAGUAUUCUUGUGAUUGUAAAAGUAUAGCUGAGUUAGACUCAUGGUUAAGGAGAGAUCCUGGCGAUCCUGAAAAAAUGUUAUGUAUAGAUUCUGUGGGAAAGCCUACAAAAAUAACAAUAGCUUCUGUAUUAAGCCAUUGUAAAGAGUAUAUGGGGUCAAUAGGUGACCCAACUGUAUCUAAAGAUGAAAUUGUCUCGAAGUCCAUGUUUCUUCCCGAUAAUUAUUUUGCAGUAAUUUGUGGUGUAAUUAUUAUAAUUGUAGUAGUUUGUCUUAUAGGUGCUAUAUUCUAUGCUUUUCGGUAUGAAGUCAGCGACUGGUUCUACACCAAAUACGGUGUCCCACUGUUCAAAGAACAGUCUUGUCCUAAUGUUGACCAUGUACUGGAAGGAAAUCCAAAUCACAUGUAUGAUUAUUACGUGAUAUGCAAUACCAAAGAUGCAAACUUCGUAUACCUAAAUAUAAUGUCUGAAAUAGAAUUUAGAAAGAUGUCCUCUAAAAAGAUAUCCACUAAUGAAUCUUCGCUAAAUAUAUUAACUUUGGAUAAUUUUUCAAAAUCACCAAAAUUAUCGAAACGCCUUCUGAUUAUUCUAACGACAAAUUUUAUUUGCAAUGACCUUUGCGACAUACAUUUCAAAAACAUGUUUUACAGUUACUUAAAAUCUUUAAAUCGUAGCGACAUAAACAAAGUGAUAUUUAUUAAAAUACUAGACAACAACCAAAUAAACGACGAACUUUGUUUUGUCUUAGAUAAGUUCAAAAAUAUAUCGUGGCACGACCCUCGUUUCUGGGACAGAUUUAUUUCUUUGCUGAAUUCAACUGAUACUAUUAUAACUGUCAAAGGUUCUGAAAAGAGUGUGUUCAAGAAGUCGUUACGACAGACACCGACGCUAAGAUAUACAACAAUGCCGGUAUCGAAUGAUAGUUGCUCAAAGCAGAAUUUCACGAAUUCCUUGCAGUAUUGCAAAAGGAACGACGGUGAAUCGUCACAGACUGAGAGCUCUCCUUCGUCUGAUAAUAAUACAUACGGAGAAGGCAACAAUUCGAACAAUAGCUAUAUGUCUAUCGACAACAGAACGUGUUCUCGAUUUAAUUAUGACCUGAGGCUGUCCCCUAGCAGUGGUCACGUAUAUUCUAGGGUAGAUGAUAUUUCUCCCACUGUUCCUCGUUCUAUAGCCGGAAGUGUAUCUACGAAAGGACGCACAUACUUUGUUUAGUCCUUGUUAGUAUUCCAUCGUCGUAUUUGUUUGAUAAUAACAUUAAUUUUCUGCACUAAUUGCUUGCACAUUUAAGAUAAUCCACAGUAUUAGUACCGUACUUUGUUAUAAAUAAAUUUGUAAAUAUUAUGUACUUAAAGAUACUGUCAAUUUUCACAUACGUAAUGUAAGACAUGUUGAACGACCUAAGUACGAAUA